AGGGAAAAACUGGGCAGGGAUGGAUGAAGACUCUGAGCAAUGAAGGGUGGGAACCGUGGGCAUGGUGGGAUGCAGAUCCUGGACAAGGUGGGAUGGAGACUCCAGGCAAAGCAGGAUGGAGAUCCUGGCUAGGGUGGGAUGAGGCUCUUGGAUGAGUGACAGUGGGGACUCUGCACGAUGUGGGAUGCAGACCCUGGGCAGGGUGGAAUGGGGACCGUGGACAAGAAGAUGGAGCCCAACACCGGCAUUGUUUGGUGCAUUAUUGGGUGCAUUAUUGGGUGCAUUAUUGGGUGCACGGGGGAAGCUCAGCCCAUCUCCACCUGGGCUGCAGGAGCAGGGCCGGAUGCUGCUGGAACCCCUCCAAGCUGCCCUCACCCCCGGCCUCCCCUCGCCUUUCUCCCUUCCCCUCUAAGAUUUCAUCACUGAGCACUUAAGGCCGGGAAAAGCCGCCCCAGCAGCUGCUGGGAGCAGCCAGACGGACGGAGCCUUUAUUUCGGGGAGCCGAGACACUGGCAGCGACGCCGGAGAAACCCCAGCGGCGCCAGCUCCCCUCCGGCCGAGGGGACUGAAUCCCCCACCCCGCGGGGGUCACGGUCCCCUGGCGCUGGCCGUGGCUUUUUGGGGGGUCUGGCAGGUCCCCAGAGAGGAGCAGAGGAAAAUAGCAACAGGAUGAGGUCACACAGCGGCUGCAGCCUCUUGAGCAACCUCAGGCCAGGCCGAGGGGAUCAGGGCAGGGGGAGACAGAGUUUGAGGGGGGGCUCAAGAGAUGCCCCCAGACCCCCAAACUGGACACUGGGAGCUGAGCAGCUGCUGUGCUUGCCUGGGGAACCAGGGGGACCCCUGUCUGUGUCCCUGCCUGCACCCCACGGCAGAGGUGCCCAGGCUGGGAUUUCCAGGCUGGGAUUUCCAGGCUGGGAUUUUUUGGAAGCAUUCUCCCGAAAUUAAGGGAAUGGUCCCAAGCCAUGUUUUCCCCACUGGCUCAAUAAUGUCAGGACACUGAACCCACAUCCCUCAUUGUCCCCCUUGGACCCUCGGAUGGGCUUUACCCCCAUCUUCAUGGAUAAAAAUAACACUAAAAACUGUGUGACCCCCAUCCCCACUUGCACCCCAAAAUGUGGUCCCUUCUGGGGUUGAUGGUGGGGAGCACCAUGGCUCCUUUGCUGACGGGAUAAGCCAGGAAACACCCCCAGCCCCAGCUGGAGUUCAUCUGGGAGGGGGCUGGGGGCUGCCUGCCUUUCCCUGGCCUCCCACACCCCCUCCCCAUCCCGGCCGUAAUGAGAACAAGCUGGUCCCGGGCUGCGACGCAGGAGGAGGAGGAGGAGAAGGAGGAGGAGAGGAGGGAGAAGGAGGAGGCUCCAUCCCAGCAGGCUGCAGAAAGGGGCUCGAGGUGUGUGGGACAGAUCCCGUCUUCCCGGCUCCCUCCCGCCGGCUGCAGGCGAGGUGAGGAUCCCACUGGAUGUGCCAAACAGCUCCCCAGUUUUUGGGUGGCUCUGGAGCAGGGCUCAGGCUGUCCCACAGCCGGGGGUGCUGCGGUGAGCGCUGGGCAUGGUCCCCACGGCGGGACACGGGACAGAGCUGGCCACAUGGCUGCAUUCCCAGGCAGGAAUCGGAGCGUGCUGCGUCUGGACAACACCAGAAUCGUGAAUUUCUGGAGCGGUUGGGAAGCGGAGCUGGGAACGAGCUGUCUCCUGCACCAAUCCUGGGAAUGGGCUCAGCCAUGGGCACGUGGCUGCUGCUCCUGGUGUUGCUGGCGGUGGCCCCGGCGCAGGCGGCAGCGCCCCGGCACCGCCCGGUGCUGCCGGACACCGCGGGCAGCGGGGACGGGGACGAGGCAUCAGCCACGCUGCCCGCCCAGCCCGUCACCCCCCGGGUCAGCCCCACGGUGGGGGACGCGCCGGGGACCACGGUGACCAACAGCUCGGCGCCGGGCGUGCUGGACGGGCUGGUGGAUUUCUUCAAGGAGUACCUGCUGCUGGUGGUGGUGGUGGGCUCGCUGUCCUUCGUCCUCCUCUUCAUCAUCUGCGCCGCCGUCAUCGUCCGGCAGAAGCACAAGGCCUCUGCCUACUACCCCUCCUCCUUUCCCAAGAAGAAAUACGUGGAUGAGCGGGACAAGUCGGGGGGAGCGCGGGUGUUCAGCGAGGUGCCCGAGAAAGCCCCCGAGGCGGGCGCGGAGGAGCCGCUGGACGGCAGCCGGCAGCUCCAGGCGGACAUCCUGGCUGCUGCCCAGAACCUCAAAUCCCCCCACAAGGCACCGCUGGCCAACGAGGCCCGGGAUGAGCAGAAUUCCCCUCAGGAGAAGGAGGAGGAGGAGGAAGAGGAAGGAAGGAAGAAGUUGGGGGAUGAGCAACCCAAGCUCCCUGCCCAAAAUCCAGGUGCGGAGGAGGCGGCAAGCGCAGGAAGCAAGGAGACCCCAGAUGCAUCCCAGGAUGGCUCCCAGGCUCCCUCUGGAAUCUGAGGCAGGGACACAGUCCCAGGCAAGCCUGAGGAGCUGCUGGCUUGGGACACGCGAUGGACACGGUGGAUCAGGUUCUGUACGUACGUGGUGGCUCAAGGAAGCCCCGAUGAAGAUCCCGUUCCCGCCCAGCUCUCCCAACCCUCGCGCUGAUGGGAUGCUCAUGGGGGGGAUUUACCAGCUGGUGGCUUUCCCCAGCACUGGAACACUGUCAGCCCCAGCUCCUGCUGCCCAAGGGGCCUCUCCCACCCCAGGAACUGGGUGGGUGCAUCCCCCCAGCUCCAGCUCUGUCCCCACUGUGCCACCAGCUUCCUCCCAAAUCAGCAGCAGCCUGGUCCGUGCUGGGCUCCUGGCUGGGAGCUGUGUCCCUCUGGGACGAAGGACGGGAGCAGGGCUGGAGGUCUGUAGGACAUGGGUCAGCUUUGCCCAUGGCCGCCCAAGGGUAAGAGGGAUGAGGGGACAAGGUCCCUCCUUUCCUUCUUUCACCCCAGAGCCCAGCUGGAUUUUUGCCUCACUUCCUGAACCCCUUCAGCUAGAAAUAAACGUUUCCUCCGCACAGCUCCUCUCCCGUGUGUCUCUGCAGCCGGGGGGUGGCCAGGGGACAGUCCCCAUGUCCCUGUGCUCCUCCAGGGGCAGGGAGUUAUCAGACCCCAGAUCAGCACAUCACGUGCCCUUCCAGG